ACGCGUAUUGUUGUCAAAGAUGGUGUCUCUCUCCGACAUACUACCUCCUGUGAGUGCCCCGGUGUGGGACAGAGAAAGUGAAGACCGCAGACGGAGACAUCAACAGCAGCAGCAACAGCAGCAAGCCCUGGUCACAGCGUCAAGGGCGGCUCCUCCGUAUGGCCACAGGAAAGGAUGGAUUCCACGCUCCCAGGAGGACUUCGGGGAUGGAGGGGCAUUCCCCGAGUGCCAUGUAGCGCAGUACCCACUGGGCAUGGGCAAGGGAGGGGACAGUGGUGGGGGAGGGGGAGGAGGUGGUGGGAGUGGAGGCUCGACAUCCAAUGCCUUGGCGGUCCAGCUGGAUGACAAGGGCAAGGUCAAGUACGACGUCAUAGCCAGGCAGGGCCACUCCAAGGACAAGAUUGUCUACUCCAAGCUGACCGACUUGCUUCCUUCGGCAAUCACCUCCGAAGACGACCCUGAGCUGCAGCGGCCUUCCAUGGAGGAGAUCGAAGAGAACACCGAGAAGACUAGGCAGGCUCUGGAAAAGCUGACGCAGGGUAAAAUAUCAUCAGCAAUGCCUGUGAGGUGUGCAGAGAAGCAAGCCCCUGCACAGUACAUCCGCUACACCCCGUCACAACAAGGCGUCUCCUUCAACUCCGGUGCAACACAGCGCGUCAUUCGCAUGGUCGAGCAGCCAAAAGACCCCAUGGAACCACCCAAGUUCAAGAUCAACAAGAAAGUACCGCGAGGACCACCUUCCCCACCAGCACCUGUCAUGCAUUCACCAACAAGGAAGGUCACAGUCAAAGAACAGCAAGAGUGGAGAAUACCGCCCUGCGUCAGCAACUGGAAGAACGCCAAGGGUUACACCAUCCCCCUCGACAAACGUCUGGCGGCUGACGGCAGAGGGUUGCAGUCAGUUCACAUCAAUGAAAAUUUCGCAAAGUUGGCUGAGGCCCUCUACAUUGCUGACAGAAAGGCGCGAGAACAGGUGGAGAUGCGAGCCCAGAUCGAGAAGAAGCUGCAGGCGAAGGAGCAGGUGCGCAAGGAGGAGAACCUCAAGGAGUUGGCCAAGAAGGCUCGCGAGGAGAACGCGGGUCUUCGCCCUGCUGCAGCUGGCCCGGUGGACGACGCCGAGAGGGAGAGGGAGAAGCUGCGGCAGGACCGCUCGCGCGACCGGAAGAGGGAGAGCGCCAUCGCCAACUCUGCGGCCGACAAGCGCGGCAAACUGACGAGUCGCGAGCGCGACGUGACGGAGCAGAUCGCCCUGGGGCUGCCGCAGAAGACGGCCGGCGGCGGCGAGGCGCAGUUCGACCAGCGGCUGUUCAACCACCAGCGCGGCAUGGACACGGGCUUCGGCGACGACGAAUCCUACAACGUGUACGACCGGCCGUGGCGCGAGAACAGCAACCUGGGCUCCAGCCUGUACCGGCCGACGCGCGCGGCCGAGAACGAGUACGGCGCCGACCUGGAGACGCUCAUGUCCACCAACCGCUUCGUGCCCGACCGCGGCUUCUCGGGGGCCGACGCCGGCGCAAGCCGCUCCGGCCCCGUCGAGUUCCAGCGGUCCGGCGCCGGAGACGAGAAGGAGGAGGACGACUUGUUCGGCGUGAUCGGUCUGCUGACGGAGGCUAAGAAGGCGAGCAAGAGGAACGCCGACGGGGAGGACCGCGGCCGCGACGACCGCGACAAGAGGAGGAAGAGGGACUAGGUGCUGGGGCGCGAGCGAGCGCUGGAGGGCUCGUGUAGCUAGAAAGUAUUUUUUUUAAUUACUGUCAUUACCGCCAUUAAUAUUGUCGUUACUACUAGCAUGACUAAGUGUUCGGCUCGGGACGCGCGGCCGCCGGCUCCCCGGGCACCAAACGCAUGCUUCUGAGCGUCUCGCGAGGAGGCUGCUGGCCGAGUCUUUCAAUGGGCAGUUACGCGGCUGCCGGGACGGAGGAGCACGAGGACUGUGUAAUUGUUCCACUACUGCCAUUGUCAAUAGCCCGCCCCCCCUCGGCUGAGGUGUUGAAUACUGCAUAAAGUGUCUUAAAGACAGUUGAACUUUAUACAAAGGGUAUUGUUAUAGAAGUUUUUUCUAUGAAGUGUAAGGCUGCUUUCUACUUGUAUUUCCUCGUCUGCAUUUCUUUAGUCUUCUGUCUCGUUCCCCGUGGAUUUUCUUUGUCCCGCGCCCUGACCAGACCUGCCGUGACGUGUCAGUCUCUGUACAACAGGAUAAGGUGGAAGUAGAUCUUCGUGCAGUUGUUUUAAACUCUAUUUUUUGUCCUCUUCGUAUUUUCUUUAAUUGCUGUGUAAAUUCCUUUUCUUUACUAUUAAGCCAAAGUUUAAGAAAGUAACAGGACAGGGUUGGUUCGCCUUCCCAUCGUUCUUAGUUUGAUGACGUCACACCUGCUAUAGGCAUUUUUUUUUCUUUUUCGUUGAGAGGAUCAACACUGGUGUACAAAUGUAAACCAUUUAAUAAAAUGUUUUAAGUAU